AUGCAGCAAAAGAAAACGAGACGAAGCAAAUCCAGGAGCGACCCUCAGGGGCUGGACGACGCCUCGGCGUCAGAGGCGAGCACGAGGUCGAGCUCUAGGAGCAGCUCCAGGAAAGGCCAGAGAGCGGAAAAUUCCGCGCCUAUAAGCGCACCAGAGUCGGAUUCUGACGCUUUUUUCGACUCUGAUGAGGGAGAAGGAGAUUUGAAUCGCAGCGGAAACGUACCUCUGAAAUGGUACGAGCAGGAGGACCAUAUCGGAUACACUGUGGAGGGAAAGAAGCUGAUCAGGGAGCUCGAUUCCACAGAAAUCGGCAAGAUGAUCUUCAACUCUGAGAAUCCAGACGCCUGGAGGACUGUCGUCGAUCCCCGCAACAACAAGAUGAUAAGACUAACUGACGAGGACCUACAGAUUAUACGUCGAAUCCGCAAGGGAAUGUACCCCUCGGAGUCCUACAACCAGGAGGAUCUUUACGUCGAGUUUGACAAUGAGGACAGCAUACAUCCGGUAUCGUACCAGGCAGCUCCAAAGUCCCGCUUCCUUCCGUCAAAGUGGGAGGCUAAAAAGGUUGCCAGGCUGGUUAAACUCAUUAGGAGUGGCAAGAUUGUCAUCAAGAAGGAUGAAGCAGAGGAAGAGGAUGAGCCCAUUGAAGAUAUUUGGGGAGACGCAAUUUACAAUGUCAAUCCGCAAACCGCCAAGAGAGAUGAAAAUCAUGAUAUUGAGCCGCCAAAGAUUGCUCUUCCUACACACAGCGAGUCCUAUAAUCCUCCUGAGGAGUACCUGCUAACUGAAGAGGAAAAGAAGGAAUGGCUAGAAACGGCUCCAGAGGACCGCAAGGUGGACUAUAUACCCCAAAAACAUGAUUGCCUGAGAAGGGUUGGAGUCUAUGAAAACCUCAUUGUGGAGCGCUUCAGGCGUUGUCUGCAAUUGUAUCUUUGUCCACGCGCUAUAAAACUCAAGAUGAACGUUGACCCUGAAUCGCUAUACCCCAAACUUCCCAAUGUAAACGAGUUGCGCCCGUUCCCUACAAAACAAAGUGUAGAAUAUAGACUAGGAGAUUCAGCAUAUAAGCUCGCUGUUGAUUGCACUGGUCGUUGGAUUUCCGCUGUUGUGAAUUCCAAAAUUUACAUUUGCGAUAUUUUGUCCGGAAGACCGUUCCACUGUAUCAAAGCAUUCAAGGAUAUACAGACCAUUCUAUGGCAUCCAAAGUUGCCAGUUUUGAUUGUUGCCAAUGGAUCAAAGGUUACCUGCUUAGCCAUUGAAUUGGCGAAUAUGAAACGAGAUGAGACACUGGACCCAAAAAGACAGAAUUUAGGAGACACUCCAAAAUCGCUAUACGAGCAGGCACUUGAACUAUUAACAUUCAAAGAUGGCGCAAACCACUGGGAAGCUUGUGAAAAGGAUGGGUUUACCGGACUUUGUAUAUCUCACAGCGGAACUGUAGAACACAUUUCAGUUCAUCAAGGAGGAAACUAUAUCGUAGCAACGUGUCCAGAGUGUGUAGAAGGCAUAAAUCAGUGCAUUAUCCAUUGCAUACCCAAGAAGGAAUCCAUGCGUGUUGGAAAUAAGAUUGCAAGCAACAAGAUUAGACUAGCCAUUUUCCAUCCAACGGAACCAAAGAUUUUAAUCGCCUUUACAAAGAGUAUACGCAUGUAUGACCUCAAGAGCGCACAAAAAACAAGUACAAAGGAUGGAAGCAAGUUGGGUGAUGGUAAAAAGUUUAGUGGAAUAGAGUUACCGAUUUCAAUGGAUAUGAACUUUAACAGUUCGUUCCUUGUAGCAUCGGAUGAAGAUGCAAAGGUAUCGCUAUUUGACACAGAAAUUGGCACGUUUGCGUACAAGACAUUUAGGUAA